CAUUUGGCAGGGGCCGGUCAAGUGGCGGAAACCCAGAUCGCGAGCCAAGUUCUGGGAGGUGAUCAGCGAUGAGCAUGGCAUUGAUCCCACCGGUACCUACCAUGGAGACAGUGAUCUGCAGCUAGAAAGGAUCAGCGUCUAUUACAAUGAGGCCACAGGUGGAAAGUAUGUGCCCAGAGCCAUCCUGGUGGAUCUGGAGCCUGGUACAAUGGAUUCAGUCAGAUCUGGUCCCUUUGGACAGAUCUUCAGACCUGACAACUUUGUCUUUGGUCAGAGUGGAGCCGGGAACAACUGGGCCAAGGGCCACUACACUGAGGGAGCCGAGCUGGUGGACUCCGUCCUGGAUGUAGUGAGGAAGGAGGCUGAGAGCUGCGACUGCCUCCAGGGCUUCCAGCUCACUCACUCCCUGGGUGGCGGUACUGGCUCUGGCAUGGGCACGCUGCUCAUCAGCAAGAUCCGCGAGGAGUACCCCGACCGCAUUAUGAACACCUUCAGCGUGGUGCCUUCUCCCAAGGUGUCUGACACUGUGGUAGAGCCCUACAACGCCACUCUCUCUGUCCACCAGCUGGUAGAGAACACAGAUGAGACCUACUGCAUUGACAAUGAAGCUCUCUAUGACAUCUGCUUCCGCACACUUAAACUCACCACCCCCACCUAUGGAGAUCUCAACCAUUUGGUGUCUGCCACCAUGAGCGGCGUGACCACCUGUCUGCGUUUCCCCGGCCAGCUCAACGCCGACCUCCGUAAACUAGCUGUCAACAUGGUGCCCUUCCCCCGUCUGCACUUCUUCAUGCCAGGCUUCGCCCCCCUCACCAGCAGAGGCAGCCAGCAGUAUCGCGCCCUGUCUGUGCCCGAGCUCACCCAGCAGAUGUUCGACGCCAAGAACAUGAUGGCUGCCUGCGACCCACGUCACGGCCGCUACCUCACCGUGGCCGCGGUGUUCAGGGGCCGCAUGUCCAUGAAGGAGGUGGAUGAGCAGAUGUUGAAUGUGCAGAACAAAAACAGCAGCUACUUUGUUGAAUGGAUCCCGAACAAUGUGAAGACCGCCGUCUGUGACAUCCCACCGCGUGGCCUCAAAAUGGCUGCCACUUUUAUCGGCAACAGCACGGCCAUCCAAGAGCUGUUCAAGCGCAUCUCUGAGCAGUUCACCGCCAUGUUCCGCCGUAAGGCCUUCCUCCACUGGUACACCGGUGAGGGCAUGGAUGAGAUGGAGUUCACAGAGGCCGAAAGCAACAUGAACGACCUGGUGUCCGAGUACCAGCAAUACCAGGAUGCCACCGCUGAGGAGGGCGAAUUUGAGGAAGAGGGAGAGGAGGAAGUCGCCUAAAACCUCAGCCUACCCAGCUGUAAAAUCUAAUUUUCCCUUACCCAUCCCCCAACUCCACCCGGCUUACUUUCAUCCCUCUCCAUCAUUAAAUGAAUGGUCUGCCACACUCGUCAAAAUGGUUACCAUCUAGAUCUCUGCUGCUCUAGUGUUAGACAUGGAUGUUAACUGAUACUAGUGAUGUUUUUGGUUCAAAUGUUUUUGUAUGUUGUGAACGCUCUGAAAUAUUGCCAUCCUUACAUUUAUCCCGUCAUUGACUUGCGGUAUUCUAAAGCAAGCGAUUUUAACUGUGAAGCCUUGAAAUUAGAGGAUGAUUAAAAUCUGAUUAA